UCCCGGGGUCACCACCAGCUCCCCACCAGCAGCUGGCAAACAGCAGAUGCUCCAUAAAGGAGGCAGCAAGGCGUCCCUGAGCCCUCCGUGGGCCUCUGCAGACAAAGGGCGCCCGGGCUGCCUCUUUCCUGCCCCUGGGCUUGCACCUGCUGGGGGGGGACAGGAGGCGCCCCGGGAGGCUGGCCCCGCCCCACUGACGUGCACACCCUGAACCGAAACCUGGGCUCCUGCAGGCACUGGGCAGCGUCAGCGCAAGGUGACCCCAACCCCACCCUCUCCCAGGAAGCCAUGACAGAGACCAGAAAGCUGCCCCCUCCACUGCCACCGCGGCUGGACUGGUUUGUGCAAACCCAGGUGGAAGAGCUCACCCAAGAUGGGAUCCCCGAGUGGUUUCAUGGUGCCAUCUCGAGAGAGACUGCAGAGAACUUGCUGGAUCCACGGCCCCCGGGGUCUUUCCUUAUCAGGGUCAGCCACAGCCACGUGGGCUACACGCUCUCCUACAGAGCCCCAGGCUGCUGCCGCCACUUCAUGGUGAAGCUCCUGGAUGACGGGAGCCUCAUGAUCCCCGGGGAGCAGGCAAUCCACCCCUCGCUGGACGCUCUGGUCGCCUUCCACCAGCAGCACCCCCUGCGCCCCCACGGGGAGUUGCUCAUGUGGGCCUGCGGGCAGGACCCAGAGACCGUGGACUACGCGGAUCUCUUUCUUUACUCCCUCACCUUGGCCGAGGGAGCUGCCCACGAGCAGCGGAGACACUCGUCCUGCCCGGCGGCCGCACCUGAAGAGGCUCCCCCAAAGCCAGUGCCGCUCCCUUGGCCUGAGGACGGGAAGCCAUCAGCAGAGAUGCUCAGAGCGUCCACGGAGGACACGGCUUCCUCCCGCCCCAUGAAAGCCCCUCUCAGGGACACCCGCCAGAAACUCUGGAAGAAUCUCAAGAUGCUCCCCCAGAAGGGCAAGAGGGCCCAGCAGCAGCUGAGAGCCCACCUGGCAACAGUCAGCUUGCCACUGCUCUGGAACCCCGGACAAUCCACGGCGGACAACGGCGCAGGGUCCGGGGCGGGCAGCCAGGAGGACAGUGUUUACACCGGCCCCUCGCAGCCCCAAACCCCAGGACACAGAGCUGCCCCCUCCAGGGAGGUCCUGAGAUCUUCCAGCUGGGGCGGGAUGGCCCUGACAGAGAGGGUAGUGAGAGCACUGUCGCGGCAGGCAUCCAAGCAGGAGCCCGGGGGCCUGGUAGAGCCCCAGGAGAGCUGGCUUCCAGAGGAAUACCUCCCGCCGCCGCCAUUCGCCCCGGGGUACUGCUAGAGAAGGGGGUGCACCCCAGCUCCAGGACCCUCGCCACCAGGGGCUGCCACACCCAGACGCCUGCAUCCAUUCCUUCUUUUUGCACCAUCGGGCUUGUAUCUUCGCACCGUAGAGACGGGUUCAGUGGGAAGAGGGACCCGGCUGAGGGUCCGCACAGCCACAGGGUGUUGGUGCCAGGACUUGAACCCCAGAGCGGGCCCUGCACCUUCAUGACAGCAUCUGCUCUCCUGUCUACACCCGCCCAGCAGGACCCCCGCCAGCUGGAGCUUGGCCUCAGCUCAGCCCAAGGACAUCCACACCUGCUCUCACCUUCCUCUCGGGGGGCGUCGGGGAGAUUGAGGAGAUGCCAUGGGCCUUCACUAACUUUGGAUUCUCAGAAGCAGAUGAGCCCCUUUCCUUAAAAAGGAGUAAGAGGGUUGCCAGAGAGAGAGCGAGAGG